AUGAUAUCAUCAACAACAUCAAAAGAGAAUGAUGAUAAUAACGUUGUUGUUUUAUCAGAAGAUCUUGAUGAUCAAGCUGCACAAACCAUAAUGUUUUAUGACACUGGAAUGAUUGUCGGUCAAGGUGCACACAGUAUCAUUACCAAAGCAAUAACAACAACAACAACAUAUCAUCAUCAACAAGAAGAGCCAACAACAACAACAACAUAUGUCAUUAAAUCACAGAAUAAUCAGUCAACUAGUUUGAUGAUGAACAGUAGCAAUAGAUUAAUCUAUAACAAUGAAAAGUCAAUCUAUGAAUAUAUUUAUUCAAACAACAACAAUGCUAUUGUAAAUGAACAUUUACUAAAGUAUUAUGGAGUUGUAAAGAAUCGGUUUGGUCAAGAAUCAAUGGUAUUGGAGGGUAUGAAAGGUUCUCUGUAUGAUAUUAUGUUAUCUAAACAACUACAAUCUAAACAAAGAGGAUUGAAUAAAAGCAACAAUAACAACAAUAAUAAUAAUACACCGUCAUCAUCAUUGUACACUGCAAAAGAAAUAUUGACAAUACUUAAAACAGUGUCAAAGACAAUGAUAUAUCUACAUGGUAUCAAUAUCAUUCACUGUGAUAUUAAACCAAGCAAUAUAUUUAUAUCAUCAAGUGGACAAGUUAAAAUUGGUGAUUUUGGAAUAUCCUAUUGUAAUAUUCCAAUAAAGUAUUAUGGUAAAACAGGUAGUGGUGGCCAACACAAUACAACACCUCCACCUUCACCCAACUUUUUAAAAGAUUUAGAUUUACCUCUUAGAGGUACACCUGGUUAUUGUGCACCUGAGAUUAAAAAGGAAUCUAACUUUUUUAAUGAAAAGGUAGAUGUUUAUAGUUUUGGUGUAAUGAUGUUUACUUUGAUUUCAAAUCAACCAAUUGUAGAUAGUAAUUAUGACAUUCAAAAAUCAAUUCCAAAACAUUGGGAAAAACAAUAUAAAGAUUUAUUAUCUAAAUGUAUAUCAAAUCAACCAGAGAAAAGACCAUCAUUUAAAAUAAUUUUAAAUUCAUUAAAACAAAUGAUUAAAUCAAAUCGGGUAGUGGACGCAUUACAAGAGACGAUGGAAUCUGCUUUAAAAUGUCCUAUACAAAUGAUGAUCAAGAAAAAUUCACUUCGAGUAUUGGAGCAAUUGGAUGAAUACCACUCGGGUAACCUCUUUUACGAUUGGAAUGGAAACAUUCAAGCUAUAGACAAGGCAUUUGAAAAGAGUAGGAUUGUUCUUUUAAAUGGGAUUGCGGGUACCGGUAAAACCACACAUGCCUACAAUUACUGUACACAAUCUGAAAAGCUAAACAAAUUCAUUCCCAUUUGGAUUAAUGCCGAGAUUAUAGAUGGCAUUCAAUCGGUGUUUGGUAAACUUGCCAAUAGACUACAUUUUCAUCAAGACAACAAUAAUCCAAUCAUGCUUGCUCGAAAGAUUUAUACAACUAUGUACAACAACUAUUAUCGGUCAUCUUCAUCCUCAUCCUCUUCAUCUUUGACCAACUUUUUAUUUAUUUUUGAUAAUGUAUUAUACGACCAAACUAUUAUUGACACUUAUUUCAACCUUCAAACUAUCCCUACCAACAUUUAUUUCCUAAUUACUUCUCGAUUUGAUAUUUCACCUUUAUUUCAACAAAAUAAUAAUAAUCAAAAUCAAUCAUUGGUAAUGAUUAGAAAUGAAUUAUUGACUGAUGAACAAUCAAUUAAAUUCAUCCGAUAUACAUUGGAACAAUACGAAAAACAGAUUGGAAUAGAUAUAACAAUACAAGGUGAUGAACCUGUUGAAAUUCACAAUUUCGAUAUUCGAACACCACUUUCACUCUCAUUGUUACUAUCACAAUACAAAAACAAACUAUUGACCUUGUACAAUCAACCCUCUUCCUCUCCAAUAUCUCCAUCAUCCACUUCCACUUCUUAUCUUCAUAUAUUUGGUGUUUCAAGUGCACUAUUACCAGGUUUGGGACAAAGUACUCCAGAUACUUCAUCAUCAUCUUUUACAUCAAACAGUUCAUCUAGUUUUACAAGUAGUACUAGUAUUGAAAGUUUUGAUACAACACCAUACUCGACACCAAAACAACAAAGACGAGGAGGACAAAAAAAAGUAGAGGCAGAAACAUCCCCAUUAUUCACUUGGACAUCACUUACUCCUCCAACAUUUAGUCAAUUUCUACAAAAACUAUCUGCCAACAAGAAAAAGGAUAUUGGAUUGGAAAAAACAUUACAACGAGUAAUUUAUCGAAAGAUUCAAAAGAAAUAUCCAAAUGCUUUUAAAUUACUAUUGGCUAUAUCAUUCCUCUAUGGAGAAUAUAUAGAUGUUCAAUUAUUAUCGACAUUUAAUUAUUUGGAUCAAGACACAUUACAACAAGAUAUCCAACAUUUGGCAAUACUCUCUGUUGUUACAAUUGUCAAUAAUGAAGUUGAUGAUGAUGAUAUGGAUCAACAAGAAGAACUAUUUGGAAUGACUGGAAUUAGAAUACAUCCAACUAUUCAAGAGAUGGUUAGGAAAAAACAAUUGGCACAAAUGAUCAACCCAAAAAAAAUUAGUGGUAAAGAGUGUCUAGAAAUGAUUGAAAGUAUUGCAUAUCAUUUAAACAAUCAAUCACCAAUCCACCACCAACAACUAAAUGUUCAACAAGUAGUCAUAUCUGAUCAUUUCAACAGUCUAUUUCCACGUUCCAUUUAUAAAUUUAUAUUACCUUGUAUUAUUUAUUUUUUAAAUUAUACAAAUAAUGAUCCAACCAUUAAACAACAAACCGAAGAUACUAAUAAUAAUAAUAAUAAUAAUAAUAAUAAUAAUAAUAAUAAUAAUAAUAAUAAUAAUAAUAAUAAUAAUAAUAGUAUAAAAUUUAAUCAAAAUAUAUUGGCAAGUUUAUUUACAAAAACUGGAUAUUAUUAUUAUCAACAACACCAACAACAAUUAAAUCAGCAACAAUUCAAUAAUAACAGUCAGUCGGAACAAGUGGUUCUUCCAUUCACUACUCCAUUACUCUAUUUUGAAAUGUCACUUUAUAUUUACAAACAAAUGUAUAAUAAUCAAAAAGACCAAAAGGAAGCAUUUUUAAAUAUGAUAUCAGGAUGUAUAACAAUGGGAGAGUAUUAUAGAGUUUCCCAAAAACGUAGUUAUCCAUUAGCAUUGGAUUUACACAUCAAAACAAAAAUAAUGUUGGAAGAUCAAUUACAAUUAAUCAAACCGAAAAAGAAAAAGAAAUCCAACAACCAGACUCACCUUACGCUACACCAACAACAACAACAGAAUCAAUACAUUAUACAACUAACAUUAAAUAUAUCAGAACAAUACAAUAGAGUUGGAUUAUGUUAUUUUGGAAUGGCAAGUCAUUUAUUGGCUCAACAAUCAUUUGCAACAAGUCCAACCACCCAAACCAACCGAAUCACCUACUUACAUCAAUCCAUUGAAUAUUAUCAAGAAUCUUUACAUAUUUUAAAAAAUAUGUCCAAAAAUAAUAAUAACACUCAUUCACCAGAAAUACAAAAAGAGAUUUUAAAUGGUGUAUCUUUGACAUUGAAAAAUAUUGGAUUGUCUUAUUUGGAUUUAAUGGAUUAUGGUAAUGGAUUGGAAUACCUUGAACAAGUAUUAAAUAUUUAUAAUACGCGAUCAACACCACCUCUAGAGAUGGCAGAAUUGGUUAGUAUUAUAGCAAGUUGUUUCAAUGACUUGAGAAAUUAUACCAAAGCAUUAGAGUAUUUACAAAUAGCUCAUGACUAUUACACACAAGCAUUCAACCAUAACAAUUUCCAUGACGAGAUUGCAUAUACCUAUAAUAACAUGGCUCUAUGUUAUUUAGAGUUGAAAAAUACUGAUGAAUGUAUCAAAUCAUUCCGACAAGCUCGUAGAAUUCUUCGUCAACUCUAUGGCAAGAAUGAUCGUCGAGUUGCCAACUUGAACCAAAACAUGGGAGAAUAUUAUCAAGAGUUAAAAGAAUACAAAAUAGCAUUAUGUUACCUUUACAAAGCAAGAAAUGUAUAUAUUCGUCUAUACCAUCCAUUUCUACUUCAUCCUGAUAUAGAAUCUGUAAAUAUUAAAAUUAAUUCAUGUAUUUUAAAUUUUGUAAAUAAUCAUUAUAACAAAUAA